CGGUCCGGGCUUGACCGGACGGAGAAAAGGGCUGCGCGCUUCUGGCGCCUGAUUUGUCCUCAGCGGGGGUCUCGUCCCCUCCCUCCCGGUUUUCUCUCCACCUUCUCGGCUCGCAGCCUCUCCGCCCUCCGCUCCCACGCCGCGUCUCUCCCCUCUCCGGCCGGCCCCACACUCCGCUCCCUCUCCCCAGCUCCGCUUUCCCCUCCGCGCGGCGCACCUCACCCUCCUUCCCGCCCUGACUCCUGCUCUCCUGCAGUCACCUACAUCUGCAGCUCCCCGGACGCCUUCAGGACCCUGAUGCUCCUGGCCCAAGACAAGGGCCUUGGCGGAGAGGACUACGUUUUCUUCCACCUGGAUAUUUUUGGGCACAGCCUUCGAGGUGCGCAGGACCCCGACUCCCGGCCCUGGGAGAGAGGGGAUGGGCAGGACCUCAGUGCCCGCCGGGCCUUUCAGGCUGCCAAGAUCAUUACCUAUAAAGAACCAGAUAACCCUGAAUACUUGGAAUUCCUAAAGCAGCUAAAGCUUGUGGCCCACAAACAGUUCAACUUCAGCUUGGAGGAUGGCCUGGAGAACAUCAUCCCAGCGUCCUUCCACGAUGGCCUCCUGCUCUAUGUCCAGGCGGUGACGGAGACUCUGGCACGUGGGGGGACUGUCACCAGUGGGGAGGACAUCACUCAGAGGAUGUGGAACCGAAGCUUCGCAGGUGUGACAGGAUACAUGAAAAUCGACAGCAGUGGAGACCGGGAGACCGAUUUCUCCCUCUGGGAUAUGGACCCUGAUACUGGUGCCUUCAGGGUUGUGCUGAACUACAACGGGACCUCCCAGGAGCUGGUGGCCCACCUGGGCCGUGAAUUACACUGGCCCCUGGGGUACCCUCCUCCUGACGUCCCUAAAUGUGGCUUUGACAAUGAGGACCCAGCCUGCCGCCAAGACCUCUUUUCCACACUGGAGGUGCUGGCGGUGGUGGGAAGCCUCUCGGUGCUCAGCAUCCUGAUCGUCUCCAUCUUUGUGUAUAGGAAGAUGCAGCUGGAGAAGGAGCUGGCCUCGGAGCUGUGGCGGGUACGCUGGGAGGACGUGCAGCCCAGCAGCAUGGAGAAGCACCUCCGGAGCGCAGGCAGCCGACUGACCCUGAGCGGGAGAGGCUCCAACUACGGCUCCCUGCAAACCACGGAGGGCCAGUUCCAGGUCUACGCCAAGACAGCCUACUACAAGGGCAAUCUCGUGGCUGUGAAACACGUGAACCGUAAACGCAUAGAGCUGACACGGGAAGUCCUGUUUGAACUGAAGCACAUGCGGGAUGUACAGAAUGAGCACCUGACUAGGUUUGUGGGUGCUUGCACCGACCCCCCCAACAUCUGCAUCCUCACGGAGUACUGUCCUCGAGGGAGCCUGCAGGACAUCCUAGAGAACGACAGCAUCACCCUGGACUGGAUGUUCCGGUAUUCACUCACCAACGACAUCGUCAAGGGGAUGCUGUUUCUACACAACGGGGCCAUUUGCUCCCACGGGAACCUCAAGUCUUCCAACUGCGUGGUAGACGGGCGCUUUGUGCUUAAGAUCACUGACUACGGCUUGGAGAGCUUCCGAGACCCAGAGCCAGAGCAAGGACACAGCCUCUAUGCCAAAAAGCUGUGGACAGCCCCUGAGCUCCUGCGAAUGGCUUCUCCCCCUGCCCGAGGCUCCCAGGCUGGAGACGUGUACAGCUUUGGCAUCAUCCUUCAGGAGAUAGCCCUGAGGAGCGGGGUCUUCCACGUCGAAGGUCUGGAUCUCAGCCCCAAAGAGGUCAUUGAGCGCGUGACCCGGGGUGAGCAGCCCCCCUUCCGGCCCUCCCUGGCCCUGCAGAGCCACGUGGAGGAGUUGGGGCAGCUGAUGCAGCGGUGCUGGGCUGAGGACCCGCAGGAGCGGCCACCCUUCCAGCAGAUCCGCCUGACGCUGCGCAAGUUUAACAGGGAGCACAGCAGCAACAUCCUGGACAACCUGCUGUCUCGCAUGGAGCAGUACGCCAACAACCUGGAGGAGCUGGUGGAGGAGCGCACCCAGGCCUACCUGGAGGAGAAGCGCAAGGCUGAGGCCCUGCUCUACCAGAUCCUGCCGCACUCGGUGGCCGAGCAGCUGAAGCGCGGGGAGACGGUCCAGGCGGAAGCCUUUGAUAGCGUGACCAUCUACUUCAGUGACAUCGUGGGCUUCACCGCACUGUCUGCGGAGAGCACGCCCAUGCAGGUGGUGACCCUGCUCAAUGACCUGUACACUUGCUUUGAUGCUGUCAUAGACAACUUUGACGUCUACAAGGUGGAGACAAUUGGCGACGCCUACAUGGUGGUUUCAGGGCUCCCGGUUCGAAAUGGGCGGCUCCACGCCCGUGAGGUGGCCCGCAUGGCCCUGGCGCUGCUGGAGGCUGUGCGCUCCUUCCGCAUCCGGCACCGGCCGCAGGAGCAGCUGCGCCUGCGCGUAGGCGUCCACACGGGGCCCGUGUGUGCUGGCGUCGUGGGCCUGAAGAUGCCCCGUUAUUGCCUCUUCGGAGACACAGUCAACACGGCUUCGAGGAUGGAAUCUAAUGGGGAAGCCCUGAAGAUACACUUGUCUUCUGAGACCAAGGCCAUCCUGGAGGAGUUCGAUGGUUUUGAGCUGGAGCUUCGAGGGGAUGUAGAAAUGAAGGGCAAAGGCAAGGUGCGCACCUACUGGCUCCUGGGGGAGCGGGGAAGCAGCACUCACGGCUGAGCUGCCGCCCUCUGUACGCUGCACCUCCUGCCUGGGCCAGCCGCGCCCUGCCCCUCCGCGCAGGGUUGGGGGGGUGUGAGCAGCUCAGCUCUGCUGGCCCGGUGAGGGCACCCGGCGAGACCCCUGAGAGGACUGGGAUGUGGAGAGCUCGGCGCUGAUGGACGGGGUGCACACUUCACCCUUGCUGCGCUGUGACUUGUGGGAGGAGAGGGUGGCACCCUGGAGGGGAUGUGAAGAGGGUACGAGGUGAACUGUGGGCUGGGAAACCGGCUUUGACGCUGCCCACCAGGGCCACGGAUGCCCCUCCAGUUCCAGCCUGUCCCCACCGCCUGCCCUGCACCCUGCCGUGAUCACGGAUGUGCAGACGCCCGCUACACACCUUGCUGCUCCUGGGCAGAGACCACCGGCAGCGCCAUUCGCAGUGACAGCCGCUCUCUGAGGCGGGGGACUGCCAGCGGGGAGGCCGGCACGCCACCCUUUGCUUCGCAGAGACUUUCUCCACUGAGAAUGCAAGGCCUGGGAAGGGCUGCCGUCACCAUGGCCUUUAGCGCAGCGGAGGCUUCCCGGGGAGUCCCAACGAGCCAGUGGUGUGCGAUCCAUCUGUCCACAUGCUGUAUCGGAAAUCGUUUUAAAAGUCUUUAUUCAUUCA